GACAGAGAAGGACAAGAAUCUUCCGAGUCCGUAUCUCGUCGUUGAAAGUGGCGGUUGGGUAAUAGUGAGAAACAGCAUGAUGGUGGUCAGCACAUGCAAGAUGCAAAUUUACAAAUUUCCCUUCGAUGUUCAGAGCUGCAACCUCUCUUUCAAGUCCGUCAUACAUUCUGCUAAGGAUAUAAAGCUUAUUCAAUUCGAAGAAUCCUCGUGGAACGAAGACUGGUCUCGCAAGAAGAUGCAGACCCAGUCAGAGUGGCUGUUCUUGGACAUGACCAUCAACAACAAAACUGUUGACAAUUUUGGCUUCAAUCAAAGCAUAUUAGUUUACACUAUUACCAUGAAGAGGCGGUCCGCCCUCUACAUCGUCAACUUCCUGCUACCGAUCCUGUUCUUCUUGUUUCUGGACUUGGCCUCCUUCAUGAUCUCAGAAAGGGGGGGGGAGAAGCUCAGCUUCAAGGUCACUGUGCUGCUUGCCGUCACCGUGAUGCAGCUUAUUCUCAAUGACAUUCUGCCUUCCUCUUCAGACAGGAUUCCUCUUAUAGCGGUCUACUGCAUUGGGAGUUUUUCUUUGAUGAUGCUGAGCCUCCUGGAGACAAUGUUAGUGACGCAUCUGAUGGAUAAAGACUCUGCAUCUCAAGACAACGAGGUAGAUAAAGACCAAAGACUGAGUGAGGAAUGUGGAGACAAAUAUGGGAAAGUCAGCUUCCACAACAACGUCGCUCAGAAACCUGGUAGCAGCAGCCAACUGACGGAGGAGUCCUUUGACUCUGACAAGAUCUCAGAUGAGCUGAGUGAGGCGGUGAAAACACUGACUCUGCUCCUCCACAGCAGGAAGGAAGAAACGAAGCCUGGCUACUGGACCAGAGUGGCUAAAAUAAUCAACAAAGUUUUCUUCAUUUUAUAUAACACAGCUACCAUUGUGUUUUUAUGUUGUCUGUUUUCCAAAUGGAUGGGUGCAGAACAUUAA